AUGCGUGAAGCCAGUGAAGUAGAGGAGCAUGACCCUUCAGUUGCAAGACCAGACAGUGUGAAGCAACUAGCUCUCCUAUUGCUGAAAUGGAAAGAAGGCAGACGUCUUCCAGACAGCACGCUCAAUGAAAUCACAAACGAUGUGAUCCUGUACAUCCAAGGUUUAGCUGAGCAAGGACCUCCUGGGGAUGUGCAAGAACGGUUGCUGUCACUCACGGAGCAGGGCAUUGAGCAACUGAAGACGAGACUCGGCCGGGAAAGUUACUGGAAGGCAUUUCUGCCAUUUGUUGAGCCUCAAGAAGUGCAACUGGGUCGGAACGACCGUGGCAAAACUGACGUGUUCCACUAUGUGCCCAUUCGUGAUGUUUUAAAGAACGUGCUACAGGUCCCCGGCACAUUCGAAACUCUGCAACAACCAAGCAUAGAGGAGGGUCGUCUUUCAACUGUCUUUCACGGAACAGCAUUUCAGGAGCACUCCUACUUUUCUGGAAACACAUCUAAACUGUGCUUACAACUCUACAGUGAUGAGUUCGAAGUCUGCGAUCCACUGGGGAGUAAGAGAGGUAUCCAUAAACUCGUCGCCGUGUACUUCACUCUUCUAAACCUACCACAGCAAUCAAGAUCAUCUAUCUCAAAUAUUCAUCUCGUCCUCCUUGCGAAGGACAAACAUGUAAAUACUUAUGGACUAGACAAUAUACUUGCCCCACUAUUGAAAGACAUUGCUUUCCUUGAGACGGAAGGAAUUGUUGUUGAGGGGCAAACGCUGAAAGGAACAGUGCUCGUAGUUACAGGAGACAAUUUGUCACUUCACCGCCUCGGCGGAUUCAAGUGCAGUUUCACACAAGGUAGGAUAUGCAGGUUCUGCUUGGCGCUUCGUCACGAAAUCGGUUUCAAACACCAGGAACAGGACUUCGUACUUCGAACACCGACAGCUCACCAACAUCACCUAUGUAUGCUCAGAGCCGGUGCAUCAACUGUGCCCCUCUAUGGUGUAAAGGAGCCUUGUGCUUUGACGUUUUCAGGUUUUGACCCAACAUGCCACCUGCCUCCUGACGUGAUGCAUGACGUUCUCGAGGGUAUAAUCCCAUUUGUACUUAAGCACGUAACUGCAAGCCUUAUAUCCUUCCAGUUCUUUGCCCUAGAUGAUCUUAACAAGGAAAUCAUUCACUUUCCCUAUGCUGUAAAUGAUAGAAGAAACAAGCCAGAACAGCUUUCCCGUGACUUUAUCUACAAGAAAGGCAGCAUCAAGGGAAAUGCAAGUCAAAUUUUUUGUUUGUUUCGCCACCUUGGGUGUUAUGUGGGGGAUCGUGUGCCUUCUGACUGUCCGGUUUGGAGACUGUACACUUUACUAAGAGAGGUCGUUGACCUUAUUAUGGCAAGAAGCAUUCCUGUGACUCACAUACCAUACCUUCAACGUUGCAUCACCAUGUUUCUGGUAGAUUUUCAUGAUCAAUUUCCAUCCACAGCAGUUCCACCGAAGAUGCAUUUUUUAGUGCAUUAUCCAUCAUAUAUCCAGAAGUACGGUCCCCUCAGAGGUCUCUGGGCUAUGCGCUUUGAGGCCAAGCAUCAAUAUUUCAAAGACACUGCCCGUAAAACACGCAAUUUUAAGAACAUCACCCUCAGUUUGACCACAAGACAUCAGUGCCUACAGAUGUACAUGUUUUCGCAGAGUUCUAGUGAAAAUAAACUCACAACAGCAGGCAGCAAACCAUGCCUCAUUGAGCACUUGCCAGAUGUACUCAAGUUGUACCUUAGUCAUCAGAUGAUUCUUUGUGAGAGUAGUGUUGUGCUAAAAUCUGUCACUAUUAAUGGCACUGUAUGUUCGUCAGGCUGUGUGUUUGUAGCUAAGGUUACCGAUGAUGACCUUCCAGAGUUUUUUCAAAUCUGUGACAUUUAUGCUGUCAAUCGGAUGAUUCUUGGAGUUGCGCAAGUUUUGCAGACUGUGGAGUUUGACAAGCACUUCCACCUGUAUGUUAUCAAUUUUACUUCCGAAUACAGAGUUGUGGACAAUCUUCAGGACAUUGGAUAUGAACCGCUUUUUGUUCAGAUGCGAGGGAACAGGCAUAUAAUCAAUCCCCGCCAUGCAUUAUGCUAAAAAGAAGAGGUACAUGGGACAGUCUUCAUUUUUGAGAAGUCCCCAAGUUCCAAAGGUUACAUCUGUAGUUCUGUGAUUUCUGUGGAUGCAUGACCAUAUAUCCUUAGAAUAUCCAGCUGGCAGUAAUAUCUGUUUUAUACAGCAUGCAGAAUUCAAAGUUGUUUAUUGCAAAUGCGUCAAGAUGUCAUGAAUGUCAUCAGUAUGUUAUUUCAUUUCUAUGUUUAUAUCCAUUUCAGACCUGUCUACAUUACUGUGUUCUAACGUAAUUUGUUGUGUGCUACUUUGUAAUCUGUUCUUAAUCAAUGCAGUUCACUUUACUCUAUUUUGGGAGUACUUACAUUGCCACUUAUGUCAGCUUUAAUGUGCAUCACAUUUUAUACCGUACGUUAAACUGGCGAUAGAUGUCGUGCUAAAUUUACAGUUGAAUAACAUUUUAUAUUUGUUUUGUAUAAGUACUUGUCUUUGACAGUUAUUUUCUAUCCCUAACGGUUCCUUUGUUGUUGUGUCACAGCUAGUGUAUGAAACACCAUUUUGAAAUGUUUCACCCUUGAAAAUAAACAGCAUGUCGGCAUAUCCAUGCAUGUUACAAUGUGGCCAGCCACAUAAUGCGUCUUUGGGUGUCCUAUG